AUUUCGUCUCCCAACCACUCUGAGGAUGAGAAGAGCAAGCUUGAGAUUGCCUUUCUUAUACAAAGAUAGUUAUAAUGUUACGCAAUUCUUCAAUAUCCGACUCAAACACGCUCCCCCUAGAAAACGACGCCCUAUCUUCCGCGCCGGCAGAUGGGGACGAGCGCCAUGCCCUUGUUGAUGUCAACCCUCGUGGGUUUUACAUACGGCAUCCUCCAAAGCCUCAUAUACUAAAUGAUUCCAUCACGCCGGACGAUCUCCUUUUUCAUACUAUUCACAUGGGAGCGGCGGUUGUAGACCCUGUCAGAUGGAAGCUUGUUGUCACUGGACUGGUGAAAAAGCCCUUCUCUCUUUCACUGGAUCAGCUCAAACGCCUACCUCAUAAAUCGGUCACUUCUUUUCACGAGUGCUAUGGCAGUCCACUCAAACCUCCAACGGAAGCAGUGUGGCGCAUAGGGAACGUUGUCUGGACUGGCGUCCCUCUCUCAUACAUUUUAUCACUUGCUUCGCCACUCCCUGAAGCUCAUUAUGUGUGGUCAGACGGGCUUGAUAAUGGAACUUUUGCUGGUGUCUCAGCAGAUCGUUACCAAAAAGACCUACCAAUGGAUAAAGCCCAAAGCCCAGAAGUUCUGAUAGCUUACAAGAUGAACUGGGAGCCCCUAACGAAAGAGAGGGGAGGCCCGGUCAGGCUCGUUGUUCCUGGGUGGUUCGGCACAAAUUCUACCAAAUGGCUUUGCCGGCUAACGCUGGAGGACAGGAGGGCUGAAGGACCAUAUACCACAACCUUUUACAACGAGAUCGAUCCCGGGGACCCCAAAGGGAUCAAGAAACGGCCAGUAUGGAAUAUAGAAGUGAACUCAAUUAUUGUGCGCCCUGAACCGGACGCCGUAUUGGUGGGCUCAACAGUGAUGAUAGAGGGUUGGGCGUGGUGUUUUGAACCGGUAAAAAGUGUUUGCAUUUCUUUCGAUGAAGGGGAAAGUUGGAUUGCAACUGAUGUUGAAACCAGGAAAGACUUUAGCUGGCAGAAAUGGAAGAUAGAGUGUGAUCUACUGAGCGGCUCAUACUUAGUCAUGGCUCGGGCUGAGGCCACAUUGGGUCACAUGCAACCACUGUAUGGGAGACGGAAUCAUGUACACAGAGUGAAAUUUUCUAUAUCUGAGCAUACAGAAUAG